AUGCAUCUCAUCACGGUUGCCAUCUUGUACGCGAGCCUUUUGACACUGUGUGGAGCCGUACCGGCCAACAAAGCUCAACUUGAGCCGCGACAGACCUACAUCAUAACAUGUAUUGGAGGACGCUGCAGUGACAACAUCAGUCGACCAACGUCUGAGCCACCAAAGCCGACGUCGAGCAAAGUCACAACGACAACCAAAGUAACGACAACAAGCAAGAAGCCAGAACCGACUCCUACCCCGUCAAAGACUACAAUCAAAACAAGCACAAAGACUGUAGUCCCACCAACCAAGACUACUACCGAGGAGGUCGGCCCGAGUAGCACUAGAUGCCCUGUGCCUCUCUACUACAAGUGUGGAGGUUGGCACGACGGCAAGCCCUGGACAGGCUGCACCCAGUGCGUAAAGGGAGCAAAAUGUGUGGAGCAAAACGAAUGGUACUUCCAGUGCGUUGCGGACACUAGUGCUGAAUGA